CCGGAGCCGCCCUCCUCGGCGGCGCCUUUAUCCCCGUCCCGCGCGGCGCGGCCCGAGCGGGCUCCGCGGCCGCCGCCUCGCCCCACGAGCCUGGGUUCAGAGCUGCCGCGCUCUGCGAACCGGUGCCGCCUCCGCGCCCCGGGAGGGAAGGGCCGGGCGGGCGGGCCGAGCGCGCUAACCUGCGCACCUGCAGCCCCGGGCGGCGGGCUUACACCCCGCGACUGCCGGCCUCUGCCGAGCCCCGGGGUCCUGGGAGGCCGCAGUGCCCCGUCUCAACUGGGGAUGCAGAGCGUUCUGCCCUCAGGUUGAAGAGGGAAUAAAGAGGCCGAGGAAGAAAGCACUUGGGGGCCUUUGCGAAAAGUCAGCUCUCGGAAUAGCAUCAGCCUUGCACGGUAGUCCUGGCCGAGGGCUAAGGUUGCCAUGGCUGCCGUUGACAGCUUCUACCUCUUGUACAGGGAGAUCGCCAGGUCUUGUAAUUGCUAUAUGGAAGCGCUGGCUUUGGUCGGAGCCUGGUACACAGCCAGGAAAAGCAUCACCGUCAUCUGUGACUUCUACAGCCUGGUCAGGCUGCACUUUAUCCCUCGCCUGGGAAGCAGGGCAGAUCUGACCAAGCAGUACGGAAGAUGGGCCGUCGUCAGUGGUGCAACAGAUGGGAUUGGGAAAGCCUAUGCCGAAGAGUUAGCAAGCCGAGGUCUCAACAUUAUCCUGAUGAGUCGGAAUGAAGAGAAGCUGCGGACAGUUGCCAAAGACAUAGUUGACACCUACAAAGUGGAAACAGAUAUUAUAGUUGUGGACUUCAGCAGGGGCCGUGAGAUCUAUGUUCCAAUUGCAGAAGCCCUGAAAGACAAAGACAUUGGCAUCUUGGUAAAUAACGUGGGUGUGUUUUAUCCCUAUCCCCAGUAUUUUACUCAGGUUUCUGAGGACAAGCUCUGGGACAUCAUAAAUGUGAACAUUGCCGCUGCUAGUUUGAUGAUCCACAUAGUGUUACCAGGAAUGGUGGAGAGAAAGAAAGGUGCCAUCGUCACCAUCUCCUCUGGCUCUUGCUGCAAACCCACUCCCCAGCUGGCUGCGUUUUCUGCUUCUAAGGCUUACUUAGACCACUUCAGCCGAGCAUUGCAGUACGAGUAUGCCUCCAAAGGAAUCUUCGUGCAGAGUCUCAUCCCGUUCUAUGUGGCCACCAACAUGGCUGCACCGAGCAGCUUUCUGCACAGAUGCCCGUGGUUGGUGCCUUCACCAAAAGUAUAUGCACAUCAUGCUGUCUCUACCCUGGGGAUUUCAAAAAGGACCACAGGAUACUGGUCCCACUCUAUUCAGUUUCUUUUUGCACAGUAUAUGCCCGAGUGGCUCUGGGUGUGGGGAGCAAAUAUUCUCAACCGCUCGUUACGCAAGGAGGCCUUAGCCUGCAAAGCCUGAGUCCCCACCGUUGGUCAAGUUCUGCCAGCUUGUGGUAGCCGACAGUAUUCCGACAUUUGGAAACACGUUUCGUUUAUCUGAUGUAUUUUCUUUUUGACUGAUUAUCAACGUGCUCUUGAUUCAUCAUUUGCAAGGCAAACUGUUGGAGAGCCUGUGAGAAACCUCCAGGGCCACGUGGAUGUGCAGAGAAAAGAACCACCGAGGUGUGAGAACUGGGAAGACACCUGAAGGGGAUGCCUUUGUUCCAAGCUGUUCGAGAGUGGUGUUGACUUUGGAGCCACGGCAGCCUAACACCUGUAAUAGAUUUGUCAGCUCUUGGAUUUCAGAUGUUGUGUUUAAGGGAAAUACCCUAUUUUCCUUUUACACAUGACACACAGUCUUGGUUUUGAAAUGUUCACUAGGAAGAUUUUGUAACUGAGAUCACUGGUGUUAGCUUAGGAGUCUGUGGUUGGGCUGCCAGGGAGCAGAGAUGCUGUUCUUCAGGAGGCCUCGCUGAAGAACCCUGUGUGCUGUGCUGCGCUGUGCUGUGUGUGUCUGAGCAGCUUUACAUGUGGUUAAGUUAUAAAGAGCCUCGUCAGGGUGAGGUAUGGUGAAGCUUCACGGGGUGUUAAAGACCUAGGCUCUUCCUUUUCAAACUGGAUAAGGCUGACGGGUUUUAUGCUGUGAGUUUGCCUUGUCUGAUGCUGCUUCCUCCAUGACAAUUGUGUUUUUCCAGUUCUGGGGUGAGUACAGUCCUAGAUUUGGAUAUCUAAUGGGUAACCUUCAGUCAUUAGCUUUUGAUUUGUAAUUGUGGGUAAGUAGUGAUUUCUUAACCUAGGAUCCAUUUUAUAACUAAAAUUUAGCCCUUUAGAGCUUGUUAUAGCUGGUUUUCAUACACUUUUCUAUGUAAUAUGAUUCCAUUCCAGUAGUAGUAUUGAUAUAACAUCAAGUAUUAUUAUGGAAUAGUACUUAAAAUAUGAACAAAUUAUGUGUGUGAUAUGAUGUAUUUGUUGAAAUAAUGUUAGAAGCUCAUUUUUGGUUCAUGUAAUGAAUUUAUGCAUUAUUGUGACUACUUUUAUUGGUGUAAUGAUAAUCAUGCACAAACCCCACAAUAGGGAUUAGCAUUGAAAUCUACAGUGAGAUGUCUUUAAUGAAGAUCCUAUAAAGCCAGCCAUUUUUGUGGGUCACAUAUCUAGCACUCAAUUUAUGUAAGUUACUAUAUGAAUAUGGUAAGACAUGCGGAUUUAAAAUAUAGAGCUUAAUAUCAUGACAUUGCCGAAGCUGGUCAGUUAGUUGCAGGCCAGGACUGGUGUGGAGUUGUUCUGUUGUGAGGCAGUCUUCCACAGUGAACCUAAGCACACGUUAGUGUUGAACACACGUUUUUGCCUGUGAUAUUGCUGGCAGCAUUUCCAGAUGUGACAUGGACUCAGAAGAUCAGUGGCUAAGUUCCAAAGCUCUUCCACUCCUAAAUCAUGUCUUCGAAACAUAAGAUGUGGAGACCUUUGCACUUACAGGCACUGCACGGCAAAGGUGCUGGUGGGGUGACUGGGAUCCUCCUGACUUCAUGCCACACUGAGGGCAUCAUGGGUCAUGUGGUCGGCUGUAGCAGCUUUCUGUGGCCACAUUGUCAGAUGGUUCCGUGUAAGGCUGUGUGAUCCAGUGCUCUCAGGCUUAUCCAUCAGGUGUGGAGGUGCCGUGUGAUGAGAACCGGCAAAUGCACCUGGCCAGCAGUGCCCUGUUCUUCCCUUGGCAGGACGUAGCUAGACACGCUGACUGGUGCGGACAUGGUGCAGCCGUCCACAGCUGCAGGGAAAGAACAAGACGAGCAUUUCCUUCAGUUCUCUAGCUUUCGUAGAAUACCACCUCCUCAAAAGACCGUUUUAGAGUUGAUUGGGUCACUGUGGAUGGGGCCUUUGGUUAAGAACGUGGGGUAUCUGAACCUCUGAAAUUUGGUCUAUGAAUUGGAAGUGUAACAAUAAAAGCAGUUGCUCUGUCUCCUCUGGAAGAGCUUUUACUGCAAGUGUUUCUAAUCUGGUUGGUUGGAAAGAGUUUCUUUUUCCUUAUAGAAAUGAUUACCAAAAAUAAAAUACAAAAGAGGGCUGGGGAUGGGGCUCAAUGGUCGAGUAACCCCGGAUUCAAUCCCCAGUACCCACCCCCCCAAAAAAAAUUCACCUGUGAACACCUGUGGUCAUACUCCCUAAAAGCUGAAGCUUCAGGAACAGAAUUGUGUAACUGCCAAGGAAGCUUCUGAAGUAACCAGCGAUUUUCCGACUCAUGUCCCGAUGAUUGAGGAGGAUGGAGAUGGGUUGAACACUGCAUUUGCAGUGUGCAGAUGGUGGGCAGUUUGCCAGGAGCCAUUUCAGGCCAGUGGUGGGACUGAAGGGUGCUGGCGGCCAGAGAGUGGGGAGAAAAGGGAAGAGAGCUAACAGACAGUUCUGACAUCAGAUCUUGUUACAUUUGGGAACCAGAGGGUUAGGUGGCAUGUCGUCAGUCAUGACUGUGUUCCAGGAUGGUUUCCAGACUCCAUGAUUGCCUCUUCUCCGUACAGUUCCAAACUUAGGACAGUUCAGCGCAUGGUUUUUUGACUUCACAGUGGUGUGAGUGCUAGAUGCUCUGCUGGAAGCUGCGUCUUGAGCGUGCUCUCCGCGAGGCGAGUGAUGCACACUUUAGUACUCUCGCAAGUUGGGCAGCGGCAGGGCUGCAACUCGCGGCCAGCAACUCGCGGCCAGCUGUGCCAUCACUCAGUCACCUUUCACAGUCGUCCCCUGGAUCUGGAUGGGAUUGGCCCAGGACCCCUGCGGUGCCCAAACCUUCGAAGCUCACGCCUCUCUUAUGAAAUGGUGUAGUACUGCAUACAGCUGACGCCUACUGUAUACUUUCAACGAUCUCUGGGUCUCUUGUGUGUAAAUGUCACGUGACUGGUUGUUAUACUGUGUUGUCAGGGAAGAAUGACAAGGAAAUAAACGUCUCUACA